CACUUUCCUAGCAUCAGAUCUUGACCAAAGCAAGAUAGAUAAGGUAUGCAAAUAGAUGUUGAUACACGAAGCGAAAUACUGUCAAUGGAGAGCCAUGGAGUACCAGGAUACACUCUCAAUCUGCUCCGCCAAUGGGAGUCCCUUCGCUUUUUCUUGCUUUCCGUACCCCAAGUCUUUGACGCACCUAAUGGAACUACUUCAUGCCAUUGGUAGGUGCAGUACCAUCUUCGAGAUCACUGUAUACACACAGACGGAACUGAUCUUGAUCUGGCUACCAUCACUACGCUUGAUCUUCGUCCAGUCCGUCAUGAUCAGACCUGAAUUGACUGGUGACACUGGAUUACAACAGCUGGAGCCGUAUGGAUAAUGACUGGGUGUUUCUCAGCGCGGCUACGUUCCUGUCUAGUGGUGCGGUGGAUUUUCAAAGUAAAUCCGACCCACUGCUGAACGUUCGGGGUCGUAUGACUGGCACUGAUCCCUGGAUAGGGGAAGUAUCCCUGGCGUGUAUUGG